AUGGAUCCACUGUGCACAGCCUCCUCAGGCCCUCGGAAGAAGAGACCCAGGCAGGUGGGUGCCUCGAUGGCCUCCCCUCCUCAUGACAUCAAGUUUCAAAAUUUGGUCCUCUUCAUUUUGGAGAAGAAAAUGGGAACCACCCGCAGAAACUUCCUCAUGGAGCUGGCUCGAAGGAAAGGAUUCAGGGUUGAAAAUGAGCUCAGUGAUUCUGUCACCCACAUUGUAGCAGAAAACAACUCUGGUUCAGAGGUUCUCGAGUGGCUUCAGGUACAGAACAGAAGAGCCAGCUCACAGCUAGAACUCCUUGAUGUCUCCUGGCUGAUCGAAAGUAUGGGAGCAGGAAAACCAGUGGAGAUUACAGGAAAACACCAGCUUGUUGUGAGAACAGACUAUUCAGCUACCCCAAACCCAGGCUUCCAGAAGAUCUCCCAGUACGCGUGUCAGAGAAAAACCACUUUAAACAACCAUAACCACAUAUUCACGGAUGCCUUUGAGAUACUGGCUGAAAAUUCUGAGUUUAAAGAAAAUGAAGUCUCUUAUGUGACAUUUAUGAGAGCAGCUUCUGUGCUUAAAUCUCUGCCAUUCACAAUCAUCAGUAUGAGGGACACAGAAGGAAUUCCCUGCCUGGGGGACAAGGUGAAGUGCAUCAUAGAGGAGAUUAUUGAAGAUGGAGAAAGUUCUGAAGUUAAAGCUGUGUUAAAUGAUGAACGAUAUCAGUCCUUCAAACUCUUUACUUCUGUUUUUGGAGUGGGACUGAAGACAUCUGAGAAAUGGUUCAGGAUGGGGUUCAGAUCUUUGAAUAAAAUAAUGUCGGACAAAACCCUGAAAUUCACAAAAAUGCAGAAAGCAGGAUUUCUCUAUUAUGAAGACCUUGUCAGCUGCGUGACCAGGGCUGAAGCAGAGGCGGUUGGCGUGCUGGUUAAAGAGGCUGUGUGGGCAUUUCUGCCAGAUGCCUUCGUCACCAUGACGGGAGGAUUCCGCAGGGGUAAGAAGAUUGGGCACGAUGUAGAUUUCUUAAUUACCAGCCCAGGAUCAGCAGAGGAUGAAGAGCAACUUUUGCCUAAAGUGAUAAACUUAUGGGAAAAAAAGGGAUUACUUUUAUAUUAUGAUCUUGUGGAGUCGACAUUUGAAAAGUUCAAGUUGCCAAGCAGGCAGGUGGAUACUUUAGAUCAUUUUCAAAAAUGCUUUCUGAUUUUAAAAUUGCACCAUCAGAGAGUAGACAGUGGUAAGUCCAACCAGCAGGAAGGAAAGACCUGGAAGGCCAUCCGUGUGGACCUGGUUAUGUGCCCCUACGAAAACCAUGCCUUUGCCCUGCUAGGCUGGACUGGCUCCCGGCAGUUUGAGAGAGACAUCCGGCGCUAUGCCACACACGAGCGGAAGAUGAUGCUGGAUAACCACGCUUUAUAUGACAAGACCAAGAGGAUGUUUCUCAAAGCGGAAAGCGAAGAAGAAAUCUUUGCACAUCUGGGAUUGGACUACAUGGAACCAUGGGAAAGAAACGCUUAG